AUGAGACAAAAGUCUCGUAUUCGUGAUAAUACAAGACGCCAGAAUUUAAAAAAUGAUUCAUUAGAACGAUUACAACGUUCAAAUGGUAAACAAUUCUCGUCAUCUAAAAAUCGUCAAUCUUUUGGCAAAGCAGUUAAACGUGUUAUUCAAUCAUUACCAAAAGAUACAGAUAAACAUGUUACUCUGUUGGCUGGUGGACGUGAUUGUAUUACAUUUAAAGAUAAUGAUGAUAGUUCAACAACAUUACAAAAAAGAAUUCUGUUAUAUAGAGUUCUUGAAACAUUUGAAUUAUUUUUAACUGAGUAUGUGGAUACAAAUAUUAAUUUGUCAUUAACUUCAUUUAAUGAUUUAAGACCAAUGAACAUAUUAGUACAAUCUUAUACGCCUGAGCGUAGUUGUUUAGGUAUGUACCAUGAAAAUAUGAAUUUAUUAUUAAAACCAUUAUCAAAAUAUAUUCAUUGUCCUGGUUUACAUUCACUUCAAUAA